AUGAAUCUCAAAGAAGCACCUAACGGCACUAAGUGGUCCUUCCACUUAGACAACCCGGACCGAGUACGACAUAUCACAGACAAUGGCGAAUGUCUCUGUCAUGAAGAUAAGCCCACUCCUCGUUGCGUUAUAGAGCCCAAAGGCACCACUACGACGAGAGACAUUCGGGGCGAACUGGAGACAGCCCAAGUUCGUUACCAGUUCGAUCCUGAUAAGAAGUUCAUUCCAAGAAGCCGAUAUACGAAGAUCAUGACUCCUGUGCGGGUUCUCGAGAUUAUGUACGAUUUGCCAUGUUUCAAAAGUCGAACUCCUAAACAAAAGCAGACUCUGGCUCAGAGUAUCUGCUUCGGGUCAGACGGCCAACGCCCGGCUCUUAAAGUCUUCGGGGCCCUCAUCUUGAGCAAAUUGGAGUUCGAACACGACAUAAGCGAGCAUCUAGACAAUGGACUAAAUGACGGCUGUCUGCCCUUGAAAGCAGACACGAGCGACAGCGCUGAAAAACUUCACUGCGAAUGUAAAAGCAAAAACCACAUAGAAAUCAUGAAUAUCGGCAAAUACACGCCUAGUGACCGAGAGAGUUUUUUACGAUCGGUCCAUCGUCUCACAGCACCGUAUGUUGCCUAUCAACCUGAUCGACAUUCACACUAUGUGCUAGAUCAUGGAAAUUGCAUCCCUAUCAAGUUCUCAAAUGAUCGGACCCGGAUGCCUUCGCCUGAACGGAAGAACUCUCGCAGCAAGAAGACUUCUAAUGAGCAGGGCGGUAAUCCUGCAAACGGAGGCUAUGGAGGCUUCAGCGAAGUGCAUAGAGUACAGCUCUAUGAUUCUCAUUGCCGUUUACCGGACACUGGAGGUUACUAUGCUUUGAAGAAACUUACAUCUCACAACCGCCACGACUUUGAAUUGGAAUUGUCUUCGCUACUCUUCUCUGCCGACCAAAAUGGCGACAAGAGACACUUGAUACACGUUUUAGCGACGUUUGAAGAGCGACUUAAUAAUCUGUCGACUUUCUACUUCUUGUUUGAUUGUGCCGAGGGACCUCUGGAGUAUUUCUGGCGGACGAACACACCCCUAGUAGGAGACAUGACGCAUUGCCUGUCAAUGUCUGCGCAGUUCCUAGGUCUAGCAAAGGCACUGGAGGCUAUUCAUAACGACCGCUCGAAUUUCCCCUUGCCUAAGGACGUAACAGAUCCCAAGAAUAUAUACGGCAGACACGGGGACAUCAAACCAAGCAACAUAUUAUACUUCCGGUCGUCUGCGGGGGAAGGGAGACUUGUCUUGGCCGACUUCGGGCUAGGGAGGUUGCACACGAAGGUUUCUAGAUCGAUCCAAGACCCGAAACUUCUAAGUCGAACUGAAACGUACCGCUCGCCGGAAUUUGAUAUUCUAGAUGGACUCGUGGGUCCAAAGGCCGACGUCUAUAGUCUUGGUUGUGUUUUUCUCGAGCACAUCGGGUGGUUUCUUCUCGGUGCUGACUUCCCCGACAAGUUUUCCGACGAGAGACUAAUGAAGGAUAUGUACGGCUUCGAAGUAGAUACCUUCUUCACGCUCAUCGAGCAGAAAAAGGCCGUGAUCAAGCCUGCCGUGGAAAAGUCUAUCGCGGAUUUAAAGGAAAACAAAGCUUGUAGUUGGUUUCUAGUUCAGAUGCUAGAGCUGAUCGAGCAUCAGAUGUUGGCAUGUGACAAAGAGAACAGAAUCAGGGCCACACCUCUCGUAAAGAGACUCGAGGAUCUUCAUCAAGGGUGCCAACAUUCAGAAACAUUUUACACGAAAAGCUGGAAGGAUUGUAAGUGCCCUGUCUAG